GAUUGUUACGACGUUUAACUAAAAGUGUCCGAGAGUGAAACUUUGCGGCAGAGCUGAAAAGGAAGCAGCUUCAGGGACUGAUUUUUCAGUGUUGUGUAAAUGCAGCCGUCGAUUUUAUGAAUCACGAGGAUCUGGACAGAACAACGGGGAUGGUCUCGCACGUUAUUCCAGUUGCAGGGGAACUGCAACAGGGCAACGGAAGUCUAGGGGUGGUGGGCCUAGGAAGCAUGCAGGAGUCUCCUCAUCCCCUAAAAAUCAAGCAGGAGCCGUACCAGGUGUCCCCGCCCUCUCCCUUGCCGUCUCUUCAUCAAGUUAGCAGCUUCGUGUCAGAGAUGCAAAACUGCAGUUUGGGGUCGACAGCCAAGGACCUGGAGAACUCUGUCAUCCUGGGCAGGGGUCUCGGUUCCCAUCACGGCUCCCUUAGCCAUCAUCACUCUCAUCACAGUCUGCACAGUCCCACCUCGGGGAUCUCCAUGCACUCGACAACCUCCACUCAUCAUCAUCUCGAUGAAAAAGGCUCAUCUCCGACCGGUGCCCUGCACAGCACCACUAAUAGCAACCCAUCGACACCUUCGGCCCCGUCGACACCUGCCACAGUCGCGGAUGGAUCCACCACAGGCAACGGCACCACCAACGCCACCAAUGAUUCCGCCACCAAGAAGCCACCGUUCAGCUAUGUCGCCCUGAUCUCAAUGGCGAUACAGCACAGCGCCCAAAAAAGGGCAACCCUCAGCGAGAUCUACGCGUACAUCACGGCCCGGUUUCCCUAUUUCCAGAAGAACAAGAAAGGCUGGCAGAAUUCGAUCAGGCAUAAUUUGUCAUUGAACGAGUGCUUCGUCAAGGUGCCCCGCGAGGGAGGCGGCGAAAGAAAGGGCAACUUUUGGACCCUUGAUCCGAUGUCCGCGAAUAUGUUCGAGAACGGUAACUACAGGCGACGUAGACGCAUGAAACGACCGUAUAGAAACGCCUCGUACCACAAACCCCUGUUCGGCGAUCCUUUCUCGACCACGCACGUGCAUCUCGGCCCCAGGAAUAUAUUCGGUCACUCGCCGCCGUCCUAUGCGCCGUCCACCUACACUAGAUACGACACUGGCGCCUGGAGCCUCCAGCAGUCCCAGCUCUCCUACAGUCACUGUCAGUCACUACAGCCGCAGUUGCAGCCAAUGCAGUCCAUGCAGAUACCGACCAUGAACGGCUACAGCCAAUUGGGCACCUCCUUAGCCUUUCAAGGCAAUUACCUGGAUGUUCCAGGUGGAACGGCGAGUUCCCCGAGUUCCAUGGGCGGCAGCACCUUUGGCAGCAGCUUCGCCACCUGUGCCAGGCGACACGAAGCCGCCAUGACCACCGAGACCAUGCCAGCCAGAUGCUACUGGCCCGAAAUGGUGAACGUUAAAGAGGAACCAGGAACCGUGGCAGUGUCGAGUACAGGGGUCACCACCGGUGUCCCCUCCAGCAUGAUGGGUUCCACAGCCCCAACAGGGGUCUCCACGACAGGCUUCGCUCCCAUGGAGUUUCAGUCGCGAUCGAAGUGUUUCAUGUGA